AUGGGAAACGAGUCCUUUCUAGUGCGUGAGCUUAGCGGCCGAAGACUUGUCUUCAAUCUUAUCUUUUGGGGAGGCCACGCCGCGGUUUUCGCCUACGGAUGGUGGUCUCAAGUCUCGAAUGAAAGACUAUGGGUAUUGAACUUGUUGAAGUUUUCGGUAUGGACUUCCAGAGGGGCUGGAAUAGUCCUCGGAGUCGAUGGCUUCUUGCUUCUCUUACCUGUCUGUCGAAAUCUUAUAAGAAUCCUGAGGCCUCAGCUUGCAUGGCUCAUGCCACUAGACGAGAACAUUUGGUUCCAUCGUCAGGUGGCCUACGCAACAGCUUUCUUUUCCAUGCUACACGUUACAGCGCAUUAUGUCAACAUGUUUAUGGUUGAAAAAACCCAGGUCAGACCUAAUACUGCUAUUGGCAUCCAUUACACUGAGCCUGGAGGCGUCACCGGCCAUGUUAUGCUGUUAAUCAUGGUCCUGAUGUAUACCACCGCUCACCACAAAAUUCGGAAGCAAUGCUUCGAAGCCUUUUGGUAUACUCAUCAUUUGGCAUUUUUUUGGAUGCUGGGGCUCUACACCCAUUCGGUGGGCUGCUUUGUGCGAGGAGCACUGCCAGGAGAAGAAGUAGAAUGUUACGCGUACAACACGGUCCGCUUUACCGUUAUUUCCGGAACUCUUUACUUCAUCGAGCGUGUUUGGCGCGAGGUUCGAGCGCGCAGAAAGACGCAAAUCGUCGGUGUGCUCUUGCAUCCAUCGGGGACUAUGGAGAUCCGAAUCCGGAAGCCGAGUUUCAAAUAUGUCGCCGGCCAGUGGCUCUUUUUACAAAUGCCUGACGUCUCGCGUUGGCAGUGGCAUCCAUUUACCAUAUCCUCCGCUCCCGAUGACCCGUAUGUUUCGGUUCACAUUCGCCAAGUGGGUGAUUUCACGAAAGCGGUAGGAGAACGGCUUGGAGCAACACCCCAGCUUGCCUCCAGCCUGACGGAUCAAUCCAAGGGCGGCAUGAGCGGCCAAGAUGCUCGCAAUGGUUCGUUUGUCGAUAUCACCGGGGCUCGUGUAAAUUCACUGCCGAUGAUUCGGAUUGAUGGUCCCUAUGGAGCUCCGGCCGAGGACGUUUUCAAUUGUGAAAUGGCCAUCUUGGUUGGAACUGGCAUUGGUGUAACUCCCUUCAGUAGUAUCCUGAAAAAUAUCUACUACAUGCAGCAGAAAGGUCGUCUUGGGGCCCUCCGCCGUGUUCACUUCAUUUGGAUCAACAAGGACAUCGCAGCUUUCGGUUGGUUUCGAGCUCUGUUACAAAACUUGGAGGACAUCCAAACCGAUCCACGCUUUCUGAGGAUGGAUAUGUACCUCACCGGUAAGCUUGAUGCAGAUACGGUGUCAAACAUCGCCAUCAACAAUGCAGGGGCGGAGUACGAUGCCCUCACCGGUCUCAAGUCACGGACUCAUUUCGGCCGGCCAAACUUCCCCGAGUUCUUCAACCAGGUGAAAGGUGGUAUUGAAAAUGGAAGCCUGCUUCCUGGAAAAGAAGCCAGCUUAGAAACUAGAGUCGGUGUCUUCUACUGCGGGCCGAAUGCUUUGGCGAAACAACUAAAAGAAGAAUGCUCAAGGGUCAGCAGCGGUACCAUCAAGUUCGAGCUGCACAAAGAGCACUUUUGA